AUGUCGUCCACAUUUCACAAGCCGGCCCCCAAUGUCCCUUACUGGACGCCGGCCCAAAACCCUCCUGCCGGAUCGGCCUUGGACCCGGCCUCAGCUCCGACCCUAUUUAAGCCGAUAAAGAUCCGGGGCGUGGAAUUGCAAAAUCGAUUCGUCGUCGCCCCUAUGUGUCAAUAUAGUGCUGACGACGGACAUGCCUCUGAUUGGCACUUUUCUCAUCUGUCCCAAUUCAUAAUUCACGGUACUCCCCUGACAAUCAUUGAGGCCACCAGUGUUACCCCCAACGGCCGUAUCAGCCCCGACGAUCUCGGUCUGUGGAAAGAUAGCCAGAUAGCAGGCCUGAAGCGUAUUGCGGAUUUUGCUCACUCCCAGGGUCAAAAGCUUGGUAUCCAGCUCGCCCACGCCGGCCGCAAGGCCAGUACCCUAGCCCCUUGGCUUGUCACCGAUGGUUCUGUAGGCGCCCUCGCCUCCCCUGAAGAGGGCGGUUGGGGUGACAACGUAUGGGCGCCUAGCGCCAUUAAGUACACCAAGAAUUUUCCGGACCCAAAAGCCAUGACUAUCGAGGACAUCAAGACCCUCGUGCAAGCCUUCAAGGACGCAGCCAGGAGAUCCGUCGAGGCCGGUAUCGACGUCAUCGAGAUCCAUGCCGCCCACGGGUAUCUCAUAACAGAGUUCCUCUCGCCACUCAGCAACAAGCGAACGGACAACUACGGCGGUAGCUUUGAAAACCGCAUUCGCCUGCUUUUCGAGAUCAUCGAGGCAAUCCGUAGCGUUAUCCCCGAGACCAUGCCCCUAUUCGUGCGCAUUUCGGCGACCGAGUGGAUGGAGUGGUCCGACGAGCCUAGCUGGAACCUUGAAGAAAGCAUUCGCCUCGCCAAGCUCCUCCCUGCUGCCGGUGUUGACCUGCUCGACGUCAGCUCGGGAGGCAACAGCGAUAGGGCGAAGCUCAACGUACACCCGUACUACCAGAUCGACCUUGCGGGCAAGAUUCGCGAGGCUAUUAAAAAGGAGAAUCUGAAUCUCCUUAUCGGUGCAGUCGGACUCAUCACAACUGCCGAAAUGGCGCGCUCAAUUGUCCAAGAGGGUAAGUCGUUGACUCAGGGUGCUACAGCGCACGACAGUGCCGAGGUCGGCGAGGAAGCAGGACAGAUUACGCAGGCGGAUAUUGUGCUGGUCGCUCGGCAAUAUCUGCGGGAGCCGGAGUUCACUCUACGUGUCGCACACGAGUUGGGUGUUGAGGUGAAGUGGCCCAUCCAGUACUCUAGAGCACAGUGGCAAAAAGGUCAAAAGAUCUAG